AUGGGCAUCCAUGCUGUUAGCGUCAUGCUAGAGGCUCUCAAUAGAGAUGCCCAACAUGCUACUAUCGCCAAGUUCAUUCAAAAUGAACUUGACGCAGAACGCGAGAAAGUAGCCUUGCUUCACCAACAAGGUUCUCAACAAGCAGAGUUGUUGAGAGAACAAGGUGCUCAACAGUUUGAACUGUUGAGACAGCAGCAGGCUGCUGCUGGCGGGUCGAUGCACUCGCGUCGGCCCGAGACUUUGAAGAUUGACAUCUCAAAGGCGAGUCGCAUCGACGACGGGGAUAUGCAAGUUGCAUUUGCCCAGUCAAAUCUGGCAGGACGUGCCAAGACUUGGGCACUGGGUCUCAAGUUGCACGACCCAUAUGCGUUUGGGUCGUUGGAAGUCUUCAAGUCGCGGCUCAGACAAACGUUUGAACCGCCUAGAGCUGAGUUCAGGGCUCGAACCGAACUCUUGAAGCUCAAGCAGGGUAAGCGUGAUGUGCACGCUUACGCUCAACAUAUACGACAUCUCACGAGUUGUAUAAGUUCCAAUCCGGUGGAUGAACACACGUUGGUUUCGGUGUUCAUGCAGGGUCUUGCGGAUGGUCCCGUCAAGACUCACCUGUUCCGGCUUGAACUAGAUUCACUAGAACAAGCCAUUUCCAUUGCGGAGCAGGAAGACUUCAGUCUGAGACAGGAAUGA